UUCUUGUUAUGUAAUAUGCUAAUAACAAGCUUUAAUACCAAAGAUGCAAUAAAAAAAGCAAAAGUAAAUAGUGAACAGAUGGCUCCACAUAAUAAAACAGAAAUUGAUAUUUGCCGCUUGCUUCAGCAGUGUGAAAAAAUUGCUUCAAGUUCUUACAGUGAAGAAAAACCAAUUGAUUGGAGACUAUCAAAGUAUUUGCAGUUUUUGGAUCGUCAAAUUGAAUUUUUAGAAAGAAGUGAACAAAACAAAAAUGAAACACUGAGAGAGUACAAAAGAAAAAUUUUGUUUCUUAAAGAUAUUGUAAAGGCUGAUGAAUUGAAAAAUCCUCUGGAGAGAGUUAUGUUAUGUAACCAUUUAUUGCCAUCAGCUGUGAUAAGCAGUUCAUCUACAGAAGGGAGUGGAAAUUCUACAAGAGAUCUUCAUUUGCAAGUCAAAGGAAAGCACCAGAAGGACAUAAGAAAGGAAUUAUUUGGUGAAAAUAUUACUGGCGAUGGAAUUUACAGAAGGAAAAACAUUAGUGAUAAUGGUAAAGAUAAUUUUGAUGAAAUUAUUAAAGCUCAUCACGAUAUGCAAGAAAAAGUUGCGAAUGAGAUGAUUAAGAUGGCGCAAUCAAUGAAGCAUACAUCUCUUAUAGCUAAUAAAAUAAUUAAAGAUGAUAAUUUAGAAUUAGAAAAAGCUACAAAAAUGGCAGAGCAAAAUAGCAAAAAACUCAAAGUGGAAUCUGAUCGUUUGGAAGAACUUACAAAUAAAACUUGCUCAUGGACAAUUUGGAUUAUGCUUAUUAUAGUUUGCGUUGUUUUUAUAAACAUGAUUAUUUUCAUUAAGUUUUUUCCAAAGAAAAGAAGAUAAAACAAGUGAUAAAAAAAGUUAAUAAGUUGAAUUGGAAACUUGUUAAAACAUUUUUAUAGAAUAUUCUAAAUGAAA